AUGGUCCCGUCGGGAGCGGGACGGGCCGAUGCCGCCUCGUCGGCCAGCUCGCUGAUUCUGCUGCAGAUGAGCGCACGGCUGCUCACCUUUGUCCUCAACCAGCUCCUCGUCCGGCUGGUCCCUGCCAACGUCUUUGGCGCAGCAAACAUCCAGCUCGAGCUCCUCCUAUCCACCAUCCUCUUUCUCUCCCGCGAGGCCAUUCGCAACGUCCUCAUCCGCCCACAGCAGCAGCAGCAGCAGCCCUUCGCCGAACAGUCGGACAGCGUCAAAGAUGGGCCUCAAGAAAAGAGCGGGCCGAAGGAUGGCUCAUCUCGCCGUGCUCGUGCCUCUCGCGACAGCGUCCACAACGUCUCGCUCCUACCCAUCCCAUUUGGCCUUCUCCUCUCCCUGGUCGUGGGCUACGUCUAUGUCCACCACCUCUCGCCGGCAUCGCUCAGAGAAGCCGCCACCUUCAAGCUCUCCGUAUCCCUCUACGUCCUAGGAGCGCUGGCAGAGCUCGUCUCUGAGCCCCUGCACAUUCGGUCCCUGGCCCUCGGCAACCCGGCCCUGCGCGUCCAGGCAGAGGGCGUCGCCAUCUUCGUCAAAUGCGUCACCAGCAUCGGCGCCGUCGUCGCUCUCCCUGCGCUGAUGGAACGUGGCUUGAUCUCGGGCUACGGCGAUGCGGAAAAGUCCAUGGGCCUGCUCGCAUUUGGCAUCGGCCAGGUGUGCUACGGACUCGCCAUCCUGCUUGUCUACACGCAGUGGUUCCUUCGCCGAUUUGGACAUCGGGCAACGUUUGGCAUCUACGCCGUUCGCGGCGACCGAGGCUCACAGGCCGCAGCUUCAGACGCUGCUACACAGGACACCACAAAACUCGCCGCGGCACGGCCCAGCGACUACUUUGACCCGGCGACUUUGGCACUCUGCUGGUCAAUGACCAAACAGGGCCUGCUCAAGCACGUCCUGACCGAGGGCGACAAGCUAGCCGUAGCCAAGUUCGCCUCGCUCGAAGAUCAGGGUGGCUACGCCUUGGCCAGCAACUACGGAUCGCUCGUCGCGCGACUUCUCUUCUCGCCCAUCGAAGACACGACUCGUCUGCUGUUCGCCCAGUCGCUGCACAGCAUCGAGCCGGCCGCCGAGGAAACGGAAAGCAAGGGCGUCCACCAGGCUCGGACGUCCAUGUCGCUGUCGUCACUCGACGAGAUCUCUCGGCUGGUGUCUACCCUCCUUCGCGUCCACCUGAUACUGGGCAUGCUCUUCAUCUGCUUUGGCGCCCCGCUGGCGACUGCCUUUCUUUACAUCAUGGCCGGCCCCCGCUGGGCGCUUGGCACCUCGGCUUCGGCCAUCCUCGGCGCUUACACCUGGUACAUUCCCGUCAUGGCCAUCAACGGCAUCACCGAGGGCUUCCUGCAGUCGACGGCGUCCAAGGCGCAGGUCGAGCGCUACAGCAAGGUGCUGAUCGCCGCGAGCGUCUCGUUCGCCGCGUCGCUUUGGCUUUCCCAGGCGAUACCGCCCUCGCUCGCCGGAGCCACGGGCGGCACCGAGACGCUGCUGGUCUGGGCCAACGCCUUCGGGCUGGGCAUCCGUGCACUCUACUGCUGGUCGUUCCUCGUCAGAUAUUUCGGCGCCGCCACGAAGCUCGUCAGUCGCGACGUCGAUGGCGCCGGCGUCGACGCCAAGGGCGCGAAGCGGGAUGACCGCUGCGCGAUCACCGAGAGGCUCCGCCCGAGCUCGACGCUCCCCAGCGCGCCGGUGCUCCUGUCGUUCGGUGCCGUUUUUGUCCUGCUCAGACAGACGACGCAGCGGCUGAUGCCUGGUCGCGAGACGCUCCUGUCAGCCACGGGCGGACGGCUGCAGGCAAUGCGGCUGCUCGUGCCCACCUUGGCGUUCGGAGUCGCGUGUUUGGUGUUCCUGCUCGGGGUCUGUGUCAUUUUCGAGCGGAGAGCGCUGGCUGGCGGCUUGUCCUCGUUGCGCCGGCGUAGAUGA